AUGCACACAGACACACACACAUCUUUAUUGCUACACAGAGGUCACUCCCAGGAGGAAACACCAUCUCUGACAGAGCUGAGGCAAAUCCUCUGGACCAACAGGAAGCCAGUGGCACCCGUCAAUCAAGUCUGGGCGAACCUGUACAUUGGAGAUGAGUCUGUGGCCCGAGACAAAAACACACUCUCGUCUCUGGGUGUAACUCACAUACUGAAUGCUGCAGCGGGUCGACACCGGAUCAACACAGGUCAGCAGUUCUACAGUGACCUCGAAGUGGAAUAUCAUGGCGUUGAAGCUGCAGACCAUCCGGAGUUCAACCUCCGACCUUUUUUCAGCUCUGCUGCACAGUUCAUAGACAGUGCUCUGAAGAAAAAUGGGAAGGUGUUUGUGCACUGUGCCAUGGGUGUCAGCCGCUCUGGAGCGCUGGUUCUCGCCUAUCUGGUGCUCUGCCAGGGCCUGUCGUUAGCGGAGGCCAUCAUCGCUGUGCGUCUGAACAGAGACAUUGGACCCAACUCUGGAUUUCUGGAGCAGCUGAGACAGCUGGAGCUGAGCCUCAGUCCUCAGAGUAGACAGACCACAGAGGAGGACCAUGCUGACACAUCAUGA